AUGAAAUUAUCAAUCGCUGUAUUGGCAUCAGUUUUAGUCGCUUGCUCGGUUACUACAGCCAAUCCAAUUCUUCCCAGUUCGACUACAAAUGCUGAGUAUAGCACUUCAACCGGCAUUCCCAGUUCGACUACAAAUGCUGAAUAUAGCACCUCAACGGACAUUCCCAGUUCGACUACAAAUGCUGAAUUUAGCACCUCAACGGACAUUCCCAGCGCACAAGUCACAGCUUCAAUUGAUUUUAGUAAAUUUUCAAAAGAGGUUCUAGAUUUGAUUAAAGAAUACGCAAAGACGGGGAAAGAUUAUGACAAUGCAAAGAUAAUGCAUGACAUGCUACAGAUUCAAAAACAGGGCCAGGAAAUGAUAAUAAGCCAGCUACGUGAAAAAUAUUACAAGUCUUUAGAUAAAUAUCAGAAGAGUGGUCUUCCAAGGCAUAGGGAUAUAUUCAAGAUGGUUGAAGUUGAGUUUGACAAACAAGCAAGAAUUCUUAUCGACCUUGUAAAAAAGCAUUCAAACUCCAAAUGUCGUCAUAUGGAUUGGAAAUUGACUGGAAUAAAAUCACUACUUGUGGAGCACCUGUUUGGGAAAAAUCUGAAUCAACCAGUUGACUACUACAUGAAACUUUUGGAAUCAGAUCCCAGGUUUAUGGAACUCGUCAACUCAUUUCGCAGUUCUGUGCCAAGCCAACAGUCAGGAUCCGAGCAAGCAUCUACUAGUGGAAUCCAGGAUCAACCACAACACCACGAAAGUUUGCCCUCGUCAUCGAAUGAAACGCCAACAGAUCAGUCCAUUCAAACAUUAUCCAGUACGCAGGGAAUCUUUUCUCGACUUUUUUCUAGUGCAUGGGGUUUUUUUUCUGGAUCUUGUGCACAGAACACUUCCAAAUCAUUUUCGAGUCAAUCUGAUUCGGACGAUUCAUCUGAUUUGAACGACCCAUCUGAUUUGAACGACCCAUCUGAUUUAAACGACCCAUCUGAUUCGGACAAUUCAUCUGAUGAAUCAGACGAUUGA